UCUCUUCUCCUUCUCAUUUGUGUCAGAUGGGCUACUUCUGUCCACAGGGUCAAAAUUCCAGCCAGCCUGCCAACUACAUCUGCUCAUCUGGGUAUAUGUGUCCACCUGGCAGCCCUGUCCAGUUCCCUUGCCCGGUUGGGACUUACCAGAACCUCCAUGGGCAGGCAGAGUGUUUGCUGUGCCCAGCUAGAUAUUUCUGUGCUGCUUCAGACACAGUAACAGGAGGAACCUCUAUACCUGUACCAUGUCCUGCAGGAUAUUACUGCCCUCCAGGCUCAGACUCUGGCGUGCACUUCCCCUGCCCUGUGGGCACUUUUAAUGGUCAGUCGGGCCUGUCCAGCAAGGAUCAGUGUGUCCCCUGCCCUCCUGGUAAAUACUGCAGUUCCUCUGGCCUGGACGCCCCUACAGGCAACUGUUCUCCAGGGUGA